AUGGACAACUGUGAUGAAUUCAAGCAUUAUUGGGAUACCAAUCUGUUCCUCCAAACUGAAGAGCUUGACAGCAGCUGGGGAAUAGAUGAGACUGCUUUUUCUGGGUACUAUGAUUCAAGUUCUCCUGAUGGAGCACAAUCCUGUGCAGCCUCCAAGAACAUUGUUUCAGAGAGAAACAGAAGGAAGAAGCUCAAUGAUAGGCUCUAUGCACUUAGGGCAGUAGUCCCCAAUAUCACUAAGAUGGAUAAGGCUUCUAUAAUCAAGGAUGCUAUAGAGCAUAUCCAGCAGUUGCACGAGCAAGAGAGAAGAAUCCAAUCCGAAAUAUCGGAACUUGAAUCGGGGAAAUUGAAGAGCAACAUAGUUUUCGACUUUGAUCAAGAGACACCCUUUAAUUCUAAGUCCAAGAAGAAGAAAAUUGAGCAGUCCUAUGAUUCUGGGGGUUCACAAUCAUCUCCUAUUGACGUUCUUGAAUUGAGGGUAUCUUAUAUGGGAGAGAGGACUGUGGUAGUGAGCCUCACGUGCAGUAAAAGAACAGACACCAUGGUGAAGCUUUGUGAGAUCUUUGAAUCUUUGAAGCUCAAAAUCAUUAAUGCCAACAUCACUGCUUUCUCUGGCAGAGUUUUGAAGACUGUUUUCGUCGAGCGGCGCAGAUCUUAA